CACUUUCCGCCAGUUUCACUUUUUCUUAGUAGGCUACAUCAGCAGAAGACGUCGGGGUUAGAACACAGCAAAGGAACAGAGACACAUCACCCUGGAUCUAUUGUUCAUUCCGACGUGAACAUCAUAUCGUCAAAUUAUGUUUAAACAGCCAAAGAUGGUCAAAAUAUUUACCACUGUGACUGGAGACACCUCGAACGCUCACAGGACCUUUUUGGACAACGUUGCUGCGAAGGUUUCGCUGAUCGAAGUGCAGCGAUGGGAGGAGUGUGAUGUCAUAAUGAAAUUCUGCCCCGUUUCGUCUCGGCCUGGACCUGACAUCGAUGCAGCACUAAAGGACAAUCCGGCCAAUAAGCCUGCCGUUCUGGUGGUGAUGCACCACACCUACGACCCAAAUCGCAGCGUAUAUGACAGCAGCAAUUACGUGAAACAGAGUGACGUGCUGAGCGUGGACUGUCUUUUCUAUGAAGCCAAAGGGUUGUUUAGGUGCCCAGCCAAUGAGGAAGCUGUGGAGAAAACAAUUACGCACAUAAGGAAAUAUUCAAAGGAACGUCCUCCUGCCCCAGUAUUGACUGAACAGGGUGAAAAACAAGUGGCACCAGGAAAUGAGAAUGAACUCAGAGGGUAUCAAAGGGGUGAAAAACAAGUGGCACCAGGAACUGCGAAUGAACUCCCAUGGUUUCGAAGGUGUCAAUUGACAUCAAGUUUGAGGGAGAAAAUAAGCGAUAUUUCUCAGAGGGCUGCAGAAAAUCUGUGUGGUGUCAGUGAUGCUCAGAUUUCCACCUUAACACUGCGGGAGCUGACUGAACUGCUUCCAGGGAAGGAGAACUUCCAAAAGAGGAGGGAGAUCAUGGAUCUUUUCAGACAGCAUUUUGAGUUGCAGGUUUCUGAAGUUCUGCGGGAGCACCGUCAACUUCUCAAAGAGCAGGAGAGGCAGCUGCAGGCCGCCUUGGAGACCACCCGGUUGCGGAUUGACCUGCUGGAUAAGCUCGUUAAACAGGAGGAAUUACCCAGGAAACAACCGCGAGAAGGAACGAAGAGUCCGGAGAGCGUGGCGAGCAAUGGAGAGCCCAGCAGGUCCAGCCCUCUCAAUCAAAACCCUCAUGCUCCCCUAGCAGACCAUGCUGCCGUGCUUCCGGAUGAAAACACCACCAGCUCCGGCCCAAUUUGUAACUCAAGCCCACCACCAGUGUCCUCUGCUCCUUUGCAGACAGAUAAAAAGGCCAACAACUCCAGCCCAGUAAAAGUCCACAUAUCUGGAGAUCCCCCGAUGGGGCGAAGCAUCUUUCUCAACAAGCUUGGCGUGAGAAUUACGGACUCCAGCCUGGAGCAGUGCAGCGUGAUUUUGGGCCUCUGUCCGGUCACCUCUCUGUCAGAAAGAGAAAUAAGGGCAGCACUCAGCAAGAUUCCAGAUGAGAAGGAUGUCAUUCUAGUGCUAAUUCACCAGACACUGCGGACGUUCAACCCACGCAGCUUUGUGGAAAUUAGAGGACAGAAGAGGAACAUUGUGGAAGCAGUUCACUACAUUUCGUAUCAAUCAAGUGGACCUACCAACUACGAUGUCAAUGAUAACGCAAUUUCUAGGGUCAGGCUUGCCUUACAAAAGUAUGGCCCAUUAGGCAGUUGGAUUUGAAUAACAAAAGAAAAACCCCAGCAUUAAUGCCACAGCAGCGAAACAAGAUUAAAUAAAAGAGCUUAAAUAUAAAUACAUUUCUUAUGAAGUAUAUUGAAGUCUAAUAAUGAAAUGGUAGAUGGGAAUUGCUUGGUGUAAGCAUUGUGUUCAAUGAUUCUUCAGUAUUCUCAUUUUAAACAGAGGUCAAUAAAUCCAGAACAAUGUCUUUGCAUCUUCA